AUGAUCAAAAUCGACACAAGACCCGCCAUUCGCGCUGCCAGCGCAGCUGAAUGCCAGCCGUCAACUCUGCCGGACUUUGCAUCCGCUGCCACCCUGUCGCACGGCCUCGUUCUUCACUGGACGCCCGCGGCCUCCGGCGGUUCCGUCAGCAUGGCCGUCGAAGCACCCGCGAGCGCCGGAUGGAUUUCCGUCGCAUUUUCGUCAAGCGGAACCAUGGCUCCGUCAGAUGCGGUGAUCGGCAAUGCUGACGGCGGCGCAGCCGUCCAGGCGUACAGUAUCACCGGCUACGAUAUGGGCUCCGUCAAGCCGAGCGGCAAACCGUCGCUGGGCAGCGCUGGGCUGACGAAAUCCGGCGACAAGAUCAUUAUGCAAUUCUCGCGAUCGGAGGGCGACGGCGGAUCUGUCGCAUUCAAGUCCGGGAAAAAUAAGCUCAUCUGGGCGACGUCGUCUGGCGGCUCUACGACACUCGGCUAUCACGGCAGCAACCUUGGCGCCGGCGAAAUCGAUUUCUCCUGCAACGGCGGCGGCGGAGGCGGAAGCAGCGGCUCUGGCAGCGGAAGCGGAAGCGGAAGCGGAAGUGGAAGCGGAAGCAGCGAAAGUGGAAGCGGCGGAAGCGGCGGAAGCGGCGGAAGCGGCGGAAGCGGCGGAAGCAGCGGUUCUUCCAGCCCGCCAAAGGGCUCAGAUUUUGUCCUGCACUGGGCUGCGCCAAUCAACGGGCAGCUGGAUAUGGCCAUGGAGGCGAAAUCGGGCAGCGGCGCGGCGAAGGGAUGGAUGUCCGUCGCAUGGUCCGCCAACGGAGGCAUGGCGGAGAGCACCGCCGUCAUCGGCAACAUGGACGGCGGAAACGUUGCUGGUUACCACAUUACCGGUUACAGCAUGAGCACCGUGAAGGAGAACGGGAUGGAUAUUGGCGGGGAUGCCGGGACGAGCAACGAAGGCGGGUCGACCGUUGUGAAGUUCCUGCGGCGCGAGAAUGACGGAGGGGAGGUGAAGAUUAAUCUCGGCGGGAAGAAUAAGCUCGUGUGGGCCUACUCCACGGGGUCCAAGUCUCUCGGCUAUCACGGCGGCAACUUCGGAAGCCUCACUGUUGACUUCUCAUGUCAGUCCGCCCCUGCUGGGGGGGGCGGUGGGGGCGAGGAGGGGGAGGAGGGGGAGGAGGGGGAGGGGGGAGAGGGUGGUAGUGAGGGGGGUGAGGGUGGGGGGAACCAGGGAGGUGAGGGUGGGGGAAACAAGGGGGGAGAGGGUGGGGGAAACAAGGGGGGAGAGGGUGGGGAGAAGGAGGGUGGAGGUGGUGGGGAGAGGAAAGAAGGGGGAGGGGAACACGACGAAGGGGAAGACCAUCACGAGGGGGGAGAACACGACGAAGGGGAAGACCAUCACGAGGGGGGGGAUGAGGGUGAGGAGCAUGAGGAGGACGAUGAUGAUUAA